UAAACUAGAGCUUGCAAAAGCUCACCAAAUUACUCUUUAUCGUCUAGUAAUAUAAUUUCUUUCCACAUUUGAUUUCUAGUUUUACUUGAAAAUCAGUCGACAUGGCUUUGUAUUUUCGCCGUUUAACGGCCGGUCCAACGAUACCCGACGUUCCGGCUCAAUAUCGGAAGUUUAAUCCGACGGUCGAGAUUCCUGCUUUCCCUCUGCUGCCUUACAAUAAAUACCGGUCGCUAGGAAUCUCUCUGAGGUCGAGAAAGCAUUGGUUAGUGGAGGCGGUAGGGCCGACAGGAAGACCGGAGGGCGGAGAUGGCGCGAAGAAGGCGGCAGUGGGACAAGGGCCAGGCGCGUGCUCGUAUUCAUUGGGUGAUCGAAGGGUGGGAGAGCGGACGACGGAGAUAGAGAGGAAUCGGAAGGUGGAGGUGGUGAUUGCAGCGGGGGUGACGGUGGUGUUGGGAGUAGGGAAUCGAGUGCUUUAUAAGCUGGCUUUGGUACCUCUCAAGCAUUACCCAUUUUUUCUGGCUCAGCUCGCCACAUUCGGGUAUGUACUUGUAUACUUUUCUAUAUUGUAUUUCCGGUAUCAUGCUGGUAUAGUUACAGACGAGAUGCUUUCCGUGCCAAAAGCUCCAUUGCUUGGUGUUGGCCUUUUGGAGGCUCUUGCCGCUGCGACUGGAAUGGCAGCUGGAGCAAUUCUAUCUGGGGCUUCUAUUCCAAUUUUAUCUCAGACAUCUCUUGUGUGGCAAAUUUUCCUGUCCAUGAUCUUUCUUGGGAGGAGAUAUAGAGUAAAUCAACUACUUGGAUGCUUUCUUGUAGCUGUUGGUGUAGUCAUAACCGUAGCAAGUGGGUCCAGCAGUGGUUAUUCAUUGAAGGAGGCUAGCAUAUUUUGGAGUUUAUUGAUGAUAUUUUCGUUUUUAUUGCAAGCAGCUGAUACUGUUUUGAAGGAAGUAAUCUUUUUGGAUGCUGCAAAGCGAUUAAAGUGUGGUUCAGUAGAUCUAUUUGUUGUAAAUUCCUAUGGAUCUGCAUUUCAAGCACUGUUCAUUUUCCUACUUCUACCCUUUUUAUCAAAACUUUGGGGCAUCCCAUUUAGCCAGCUUCCAAACUAUCUUAAAGAUGGUGCAGCUUGCUUCUUGAACAUAGGUGGCACUUUAUCCAGCGUAGGAUGUGAUGGUGCACCGCUACUUCCCUUGCUCUUUGUUAUUGUCAACAUGGGUUUCAACAUAUCAUUGCUGCAUCUUCUCAAGAUCUCUUCCGGUGUGGUUUCUUCACUUGCGUCAACUUUUUCGGUGCCUAUUUCAGUCUACGUGUUCACGUUGCCGCUGCCGUAUCUCGGUGUAGCGUCAUCGCUUCCAACUGGUUUCGUAGCAGGAGCAAUCAUCCUAGUGUUGGGGUUGCUUAUCUAUUCCUGGUCACCGUCUGGUUCACCCACGGCGUUACCCUCACCCUCUAGAUAGAAUGUGAUAAUUUACUCAUCGUCAAGAACAAAAUGAAACCAAUAAUAUUGCACCAUAUCAAGUAAAAGCAGAGCAAGGCUGGCCCCUGCAAUUGAGUGAAUUAGGGUAAGAGGAAAUGUCGAUCCUUUGUUCUAAAACGUUGGAUUCCUUAUUGUGCAUAUGAUCCUUGUAUGCGUUCCCAUUGAGAUUGUCUUCACAGAUCGUCACCAGGGUCGACAAAUGAAUUGAAUUGCUCGAAUCUUGAAUGAGAUAAUUUGAGAAAUUUUGGUACGUUCCUUGCGUUUAUGUUAAUGUGAUAUAUGUGAGAUGUAAGUUCGUAGGGUGGUAGGUUGAAACAACUUAUGUCUCAUUAGUAUACUUAAUGGGACCUCUAUAUACGGGGUUAAACACCAUAGUUGAGAGCAUGUCUUGUGGUUCAAAUCACUGAUGGAUGUUUGCCCGUUAAAGAUGUCAUCUCUACCAACUUGAACCUCCUGUAUUAACAUUAACAAACUCAUCAUACAUCUCAUACUCGAUGACCAUUUGUAGUGAGAUUGGUAUCAAAACAUUGACAUUUCA